ACCAGGAAACACUGCAGGUCUUCCACUUGCAUGCCACCUGGGUUACUGCUUUUGGUAAAUUGAUACGACGUACCACCUACGCAUUCACAAAGGUAGGCGAGAGUAGACUAGACGCAGUCGGCGAAAUCGAGCCAUUGCUCUUCUUGAGGCGGAACUCGGCACCCGCUUGAAAGGCUUCACCGGUUCUCGGGUCGCGAAUACCCGUAGCCCUCAAGAAUGGGCUGCGGUGCCUCAGCAGCUCACCCGGCCAAGGUCCACCAACCGGGCCAGCCCCCGCACGGUGCCCCGCCCCCGGCCGGCGCCUACCCCCCAGGCACCGCCCCGCCUCCGGGCGCCUACCCGCCUCAGGGCGGCUACCCGCCCCAGGGCCCACCAGGCGGCUACCCGCCCCAGGGCGCACCAGGCGCCGCCCCGCCCCAGGGCGCACCAGGCGCCUACCCGCCUCAGGGCGGCUACCCGCCCCAGGGCGCACCAGGCGCCUACCCGCCCGGCGCCCCGCCGCCGCCGGGCGCUUACCCGCCCGCCCAAGGUCAUGCCGAGGGCAAGAAGAAAAAGAAGAAGCACGGCGGUAGCCACAGCGGCAGCAGCAGCGACAGCGACAGCGACAAGAGCGGGCACGGCAAGCACCGGAAUGCAGCGGCGGCGCCCCCGCCAGCGUACGGCGCGCCGGCGCCAGGGUACGGCGCCCCGCCGCCGCCACAGGGUUACGGCGCGCCUCCUCCGCCACAGGGUUACGCCGCGCCCCCUCCGCCACAGGGCUACGCCGCGCCCCCUCCGCCACAGGGUUACGGCGCCCCGCCACCCCCGGGUUACGGUGCCCCGCCACCACCAGGGUACGGCGCCCCUCCUCCUGGAUACGGUGCGCCACCGCCGCCAGGGUACGGUGCGCCGCAGGGUUACGGUUACCCUCAGGCGCCGCCGCCGCAGCCUGUGUACUACCAGCAGCCCCAACGCCGCCAUAGCGGCUCCAGCGAUGGCUCGCGCCGCGGCCACGGCCACGGCGGUCAUGGGUACGGCGGUCAUGGGUACGGCGGCCACGGGUACGGCGGCCACGGCUACGGCGGCCACGGUGGAGGCAUGGGUACUGGCACGGCCAUGGCUGUCGGUGCGCUGGGCGGCAUUGCGGCCUUUGGCGCAGGCAUGUUGAUUGCGGACGCCAUGGAUGGUGACAUCAUGGAUGAGGGGUUUUAAGGAGCUUUCAGAAGUGUGCUCUCUGGGCAAAGGGCUUGCGGGGGUUUGGGUUUCGGGAAAGUCAUUGCUUUGCAGACAUGGGGGCCACGGCGUGACUGGGCUAUGCUCGCCGUUAGGGCGUUUGAAGCUUGGAACUGUCUGACACUGUCUUGGUGCAAGAACUUGCGUGGCGCAUUCCCGGCAUCCGGCACUCCACGACUUCAUGAGCAUUAGCACGAGAGGAGCUUGGGGGCAGCGUUGGCAGGAGGGGUGUGUGACUGCGUUCCAGGUGCAGGUGGUCUGCGUGCGAGGGUUGGGUGGCGGACGGUGCAGCUGGACUGCAUUGCUGCGUGCGAGGGCUGGGUGGCGGACGGUGCAGCUGGACUGCAUUGCUGCAUGCGGGGUGUGGGUUCCGGACGGUGCAGGCGGACGAUCGACUGGAUGGGCAUGUGUGCGCGUUUUGCACACCUUGCAUUGGGCGGCAGGCGUCACGGCGCGACGCGCGGAAACUGCGGGUUACGGAGUGGGAGUGGGAGGGUCGUGUGAUGUGAGUCUCGACACAUAAUUUGCCGCUGCAAUGCGGGCGAAAAGAAUCAUGUACGGCGGCACUCCAGCUUGCGCCUGCCACUUCCUGUCUUGUUGAUCUCGUCUUACGGAUUGUGCAAGUGUGACUGCGUGUAUAUUGGAUCAGUAUGUGCAUGGCUGUGCUGCCUGGCGCUGUGUUUUGGAAAUAUGCAUGUGUGCUGGGAGCCUGGGACAGAUACGUACAUAGCGAGCAUAGGACAACGAGAGCUGGUGCCCCACGCUGGUGCCCGGAUGAGACCCAUUACACGGCGGCGUCUGCCAGCCAGUGGGCGUAACGUAUAUGUACAUGAUGUAUGGUCUCUGACUGGGCCCGAUUGGCAUCGCCUGUAAUGUGGUUUGCGAUUAAUCCUGUGCCUGCCGGCCAAAGCGCGCGGUCGCUUCUCCAUUCUGUAGCACUCAUUGGCCCUGCCACGAGCCAUGCGCUUGCUCGAAGUACGACUGUACGAGCACGGCAUGCAUAACCACAAAUUCUACUCCCGUGCGCGCGCACUGGUGCUGCCUGUUAGCACACGACACGCUCAGCUCAGCCACGUUCGUCGCACCUCAGUCCCGGCCCAAUCCACGGCCUCCGACCAAAUCCCGGUUCC